CGGCAAUUUGCUUCUCUAAUCGGAUCCUCUUAUCAACCUGUCCAGAACCUAGGAAGCUUGGAGACACUAUGUUGUCUUCUUUGGAUAAUUUGAUCCAAUCUAUCGCCUUUGGACACGCGAGGCGGGAUGUUAAGCGAUAUCUCGAUGCAGCGACUCGCACUUCGGUUCGUCACGAGUUGACAGAAAAGCUUGCAUUGCAACUGGGAUUCAAGGAGCGAGAGCACCUCCGUUCGACUUUUGAUCAGCAUGCCAUCGAUGUGUCUGGUAGAAAACGUUGGACCGAGCAAAGCCUUCGCAACCAAAUCAGAUCAAACUAUGAGGACACCAUCAUCUCCGAGAAUGCUAUCCGGCUGCUCUGGGGAAGCUUUCUUUUCUACGCAGACCAUCCGUUUUCACCUCCCCCAUGUCCGCAGCCUCAAGAUGCGCUCGUAGACUUUGAACAGUUCAAGCUUGCUGUACUCCUGACCGUCUUUCGGUGCGACAAGAUGCUUGGCACUUUGGACGAUGCGAACGUGUAUUGGCGUGAGGAUGGUGCUUUGUGCAAUCGACAAUCCGGUUUUGACCGCAUGUUCAGCAGUCUCGUAUACAAUGUCUCUGAGUCGGACAGCGAGAAAUCAGAGCAGAACAACGAGGGUUAUUCGAGCGCUCUUAACGAUAUUAUGGAUGUGCUGAUCAUGGCUGCUCCGGCGCACAUCCACUCGCUCCCCACAGCGCAACAACUUCAGCCGACGGCGCAGAGGCUGGUUGCGAGCAAAGGUGGGAUCCCUGCGGUACAACGUGGACAUGUAGCUGGGCGCUCCGAGGUACACACCUUGAUGGACUUGCUGCUGCGAUUGCGCGUGUACGAGAGAGCAAAUAAAUGGAGGCAUGGGCUGUCAUUACAUCACGGUGAUUUUCUUGAGGCCAAUUCCAGAGACUUGGGCCUGACAGAGGCACUGGUGAACACCCUCAUGGGGACCGACAGAAUCGACGGGACUAUGCCGGUUCGGCAGAUUUCGGAUGCGGCAGUUAGGUUAAUGCCUAAUCUUCUACUGCGCUUCCAAGAGCUCUGGGGAGUCCUUUUUCACCCUAGUGAGGACACAAAAGAGAAGAAGCCACCCGCCAGGGAGUUUCGAUUCUCUCAACUUGGCGCUGUAAUUUCACUGUUUGCGCCGACUAUCCAAACAAGCAGUGGCAGCAAUCAGGACCAAAAAGAAGAAUCGCAAUUCAUCUUACAGGCAUCAGCUCAAACUAAUUUCGACAAUCGGGAUGAUGCAAUGAAGCGUGUACUAGAAGCAAUCUCUGGAAACUUCUCCGGGCAUGUCAUUUUGUUCACCACGAGCGCAGAGAAGAGAUCGUCUAAAACGGUCAUAGGCGGUUACUUUCCUUGCCCUGAGAAGGGGCUUCCCCAUUUCCUCUUCCAGCUUCAGCCAAUCUUGCGCGUCUUUCGCUCGAGGAGGCUAGGUAUACCUGUUAAUAAGCUCUUUAAAUCCAAAGAAGAGCGAGGGAUGGAAUACAGAGAAGCGACACCAAGCAUAGGAUACUGGAUAGGCGACUCUGCAGGGGCCCUAAGCACAGGAAUACGGGUUGAUCCUGAUACAACAGCAACUCUUCUCCUAGGCGAAGGUGGCUACUACAUGGAUAUGGCCGCUUCGCGUGUGAAAAAUGAUGAAGGCUGGAAAACGCAACAAGUCGUGGUUCAAGAUGCAAUGAUGGAGGUUUAUGUGGUGACCAAUACCGACGUUGCCGAUGGUGCCGGUGAUAAGCAGACAGAGUGA